AUGUUUGCACCUAUAGCUGCGCUCUGCGUUCUUAUAAGUAUUCAAAGUAUCGAAGGUCAUGAUUUUGUAUACAAGAUGAAGAAUGUCACCUGUCGUACAUACAACGAAGAACUUGUAAAGCGGUUGGGUUGCGAUUUCACGAAACAUCGUAUCAAUAAUUAUGUCAUUAGCCUUCAAUUGCUAUUCACCCGUGAUUUGGAUCGAAGUUUCAAGGCUCACUUUGCCAUAGAUCUAAUGCCGACAAAUUCGCGACAAAUAAUCCAUUUAAUUAAUGUAAGAUUCAAUUGUUGUGUGUUUUUGCAACGAUCGCUGGAAAAUCAACUGAUCAGACCAUUGAUGAUUGAAUUGAAGAGGGUUACAAAUCUGCCGAAGCAAUGUCCCUACAAGAAGGAUGUCCUAUAUCAAGUGAAAAACUUCUCAUUAAGUGAAGCUUUAAUUCCUACAUAUCUGCCCACAGUGAAUUUCAAUGCAACCUUGAAUCUCUAUGAUCGAAAUGAGAUCAUAGUAAUAAUUCAGUUCUUGGGGAAUAUUGCUCAAAAGAAAUGA